UAUGGCAACAUACAAUACUUUGAAGCUUUGGAAUAAUACAUAAUAUAAAAAUAUAAUAAUUAUAUACGAUUAAUGCAUAUUUCCGCGAUGAAUUCAAAGAUUGUGUUAGAAAAGCUGAUAAAUUUAUAUUGUUUUCGACUAAAAGCUUAGUGAAGUAGGAACAGUGAAGUGAAGUGGAAUUCUUUCAUUAAAAGUAUAGUAACGUACGUAAUCAUUACGUUUAUUAAAUUUGUGGAUCAUGCAUAGAUACAACUUAAUACUAAGUUCUCCGCGGAAGUGAUAAACUAAUUGUUGAAUUUGCCAGACAUAUAAAUAUUGUUUAGAAGCCUGUUAUUGGCGGAAGUUCUAUGUUUAUAACUUGUUAGUGUAGUAAGUAGGCAGUGGCGUGUGCAGGAUAGAAAACAGUCCCGGUGCAAAGUGAAAACUGUUUGUGAUUUCAAGCUUUCUUUUUAAAGUUCUAUGUUGUGAUUUGCGAUUUUAGUUCUUAUUGAAUGGUUGCAGGUGAAAAUUAUUUUUCAAUAUGUUUUCAAAGAAGAAGAAGAAGCCUUUGAUCUCUCCACCGAGCAAUUUUGAGCAUAGAGUGCACACAGGCUUUGAUAAGAGAGAAGGAAAAUAUGUAGGACUUCCUUUGCAAUGGGCUUCCUUAGUUGGCAGCAAUCAGAUUUUAAAAUCAACAAACAGACCUCUUCCAUUAGUUGACCCAUCAGAGAUUACGCCAACUGAAAUUUUAGAUUUAAAAACCAUAGUCAGAGGGGAGCAUAGAUCUGCUUCCGUUGCCUCAAUGGUUCGUCCUCCAUCAACAAACCCUAUAGUAAUAAAUCCUCAACCGAUACAAAAUGGAGUUGUGUUACCAAAAACGUCAAAUGUUGCUAGAUCAAACUCCCUACGAAGUACAAGUCCUCCUCGUAUACGAAGAGAUUUACGAAAUCAAGCAAAUGUCCCACCCGCUGUACCUGAAGAAUCACCACCAGUCCCGCCUGCGCCACAGCAGUACCCUAGUUUAAGACGUGAGCAAAGUAAUUUUGCUUUAAAGAAAUCAAUACCUGAAUCACCAGUAGAAUGGUCGCAGGCGGGGCAAGAGGGGCUAGUGAGGGCAGGUGCUGAGCCGAAUGAUAAUCAGCAGACAACAAUAACAUACCAAAACAUUCAGAAUGCUAAUGUACCAUAUCAACAUAAUCACCCGCCUCAAGCUCAGCCCACACUUGCAAUGCAAGGCCUUAAUGGAAAUAAUAUUAGUAUGGCUGACACAUAUUCCAUGACGCGACACCAACAUGUGAUGCCCCCCGGCGCGCCUUCCCAUUUGCCCCUGGCAGCAUCUAAGCAUGAGUUGCGUUUAACCCACGAACAAUUCAGGGCAGCUCUCCGGUUAGUUGUAAGUGAAGGUGAUCCGAAGGCGACAUUGGUCGGUUUCAAUAAGAUUGGUGAGGGCAGCACUGGCUUUGUAUGUUCUGCUACAGACACAAGGACAAGAAGACGUGUUGCUGUUAAAAUGAUGAAUUUACUAAAACAGCAGCGGAGAGAAUUGCUAUUUAAUGAAGUGGUUAUAAUGAGGGAUUAUCCUCAUGCUAAUAUAGUGGAGAUGCACGCGUCUUAUUUAGUAGGGGAUGAGUUAUGGGUAGUAAUGGAGUAUAUGGCAGGCGGCUCGCUCACAGACAUAGUGACCCGCUCCAGAAUGGACCCCGAGCAGAUAGCGACAGUCUGCAAACAGUGCCUUAAGGCAUUGGCGUUUUUACAUGGCCAAGGUGUUAUACAUCGAGAUAUAAAAUCCGAUUCUAUACUACUGACUGCAGAUGGCCGAGUCAAAUUAUCUGACUUUGGAUUCUGUGCUCAAGUAUCACAGGAGUUGCCAAAGCGGAAGUCGUUAGUUGGAACACCAUAUUGGAUGUCUCCGGAAGUGAUAUCCAGGCUCCCGUAUGGCCCGGAGGUGGAUGUGUGGUCGCUGGGGAUCAUGCUGAUUGAGAUGGUAGAUGGAGAGCCACCAUUCUUUAAUGAACCUCCAUUACAGGCGAUGCGUCGUAUCCGCGACAUGCCGCCGCCGCGGCCGCGCGGGGCGGCGCGCUGCCCGCCCGACCUGCUGCAGCUGGUGGAGUGCGCGCUGGUGCGCGACCCCGCGCAGCGCCAGCCCGCCGCGCGUCUGCUGCAGCACGCCUUCCUGCGCCGCGCCGGCCCGCCGGCGUUGCUCGUGCCGCUCAUGCCGAACAAUUAGCAGUAAGUGCCGACAUAAUGCGUGAAAUGCCAUUAUGUUCAACACUCAGGACAGCCAUUUAAAGGUUACAUUUGUAAAAAAAAAACAAAAGCAAAUGAUUUUCAAAAAAGAUUUUCAGACCGGUUCUAGAUUAAAAUUACUAUAAUUCUGCAUACUUCUGAUCUUUUGGCGCUUCAUACAUGUCAAAAAACGACACCUACAUUUUGAUAUAACUCACUAUUCCAUACAAUGAUGAACACUUUCAUACAUUCCUCUUUAUUCACUGUUAUAUGUAUUUGUCCAUAUUAUAUGUUCUAUGUAUUUAGGGUCUGUCCCACAACUCUUGUAUUUUUUUCGAAUAAAAAUCCAAUGUAUAAAAUGUCUGAUGGAAGUAUCGGAUUUUGGUAUUUGACAGUGACAUCACUUUCAAGCUAUCUGAGCCUCUAUCAGCCAGUAGUGGGACAGGCCCUUAGUAUUUAUUGUUAUUAAAGAUUUCGUGUUUUUAUUGCCAUACAUUUGUUAUUUAUCUUGUUGUAGGGUAAAUAUGUAACUUAUGCCUUAUAUAGAAUAAGACAAUUUUAAUAUUAGCAUUGAUAGGUAACAUUCAGUUCAAAUAUCACCCCGUCCACAUUUGGCCUGUUUAAAUGUUAGUACAAGUUAUAUUUAUGUACUUAAAUUGUUGAUUAAAUUAAUAGUUAAAUGAUACAUUUACAUAAAGAGAUUAAUAUAUCUUGCCUCAACCAUGACAGCUAUGAAAUAUAUAUGAGAAUAGAAAUUCAAUUUUAUUAUCAGCUAUGUUAAUUUCAGUAUCAUAUUAUGUUGAAUGUAUUAUCUGGGUCUGUAUUAUAAUGCUUAUAUUUUUUUACAUGUUAUCUUUGGUAUUUAAGAAAAGAACAAUUUUUUCCUGUAAGAAAAGACAAAACAAUUUUGCGUUAUUUAAAAAUCAGCAACUUUUUUCUACUUUUGAUUUAAUCAAUUUUUUUUAAAUAAUAAUGAAAAACAUUAAAAACUCCAUGGCCUAACUUAAAUUAAUACAUCAGUAGGGUUGUACUUAUUGUAGGAAGUAUUCUAAAGUUAUCAGUAUGUUUAAGCCAGCUAAUUCCGAUAUAUGCAGCUUUAAUUAUUUAUCUACAAAAUAUUGUAUAUUUGGCACAUAAGACAGAUAUAAAAAAGGAUAAUUAAUUUUUUUAAGUAAUCUGUCAAUCAGCUUUGUAAUGGCUAUGAUUUUUGGUGUUAACUUUUCUGGUUUUUAAUUGUUAGAUAUCUUUUAUAUACUAAUGCCAGGAUAAGUGCCUAAGGGCCUGUCCCACCGAAUUGUAAAUUGUCUAAUAACAAUACAACAUAUAAAAUAUGUGAUGGAAAUGUCGGAUUUUGGUCCCUUACCUGUGACGACAUUUUUAAGCUAUCUGAACCUCUAUCAGCCAGUAGUGGGACAGGCCUUAAAAAUUGUUAAAAUCAGUAUUAUAACAUUUGGAUCAUGUACUUAUUUGGAAUGCCCUAUUACAUUCCAGAAUGUUUUAACCCUUGAUGUUGCUAUAUUCAAAUUAAAGGAUUUAACCUUUUUUAAUGUAGAUAUCUUUUCAUAUAAUCUGCCUUAUUUCACAUUCCAAAAAUUAAUUUCAUUAUUUAAUUUAUAAAUAAAUUAUAAGAAAAAUCAAUUUUACAUUUUUAUUUAGUCACAAAUAUUUUUUUAAACUUUUUUCGAUUAGAAACUAAUGAAAUUUUGUUUUGUUUUUCAGACAUGUUUAAGUAUAGAAUUGCUAGUUCGUAGGGCUUAUGUAUACAUUAACUUUACUAUUUACUUACGGUUGUUUAUAUUCGCCUUAUAUACGAUUCUUAUGAGUAUUGUAAGUGUUGGUAAUCGAAUCAUUGCACCUUUAGAUGUUAAAUAUUGUACGUAAUUUAUUAACUUAUAUACCGAGAUAGCGAAAUUUUUUAAUUACUUACAAAUAUUUGAGCCUCAAUAUAGAUUUACCAAGUGUUGAAGUGAUUAUUGUAUUUGAUUUUUAAAAAGGUGUAUUUGCAUUUCAUUGUCUUUGAAUGCUAACUUUAUUGCUGUAGAUAUUUCCCCCAGUGACUUAGGCAGCUUUAUUACGUUAUUAAAAAAAUAUUUAAUAUUAAGUGCCUUAAAUUGUUACAUGUUGGUACUGUUUACGUAAUUGUUGAAUGUUGCAUAGUAUCAUCACAGACGAAUCCGUAAUUUUCCAUUAUCAAUGUAAUUUAUUUGUAUCAGUUUUCUUAAGGUUAUAUGCCAAAUAUAUUGUAAUAUGAAAUCACAUUGUUAAUAAGAAACUGUUAUGGAAUAUAGAUUUGGAAAUAU